GUUUCUUUGUAGCGGGAAAAACCCUUCGAAAUGCCUUUCGUCACCCUAGCUCCUCCGCCUCUCCGCGGCUGUUUGUAUCUUCCACAACCGAAACGUGUAUCUCCGUUCACGGUCCGAUCAUCUUCCAGCCUCCAGGAGAUCGACAAGUCUUCCUCUGCGGCGGAGAGGAAACUGAGCACUGAACUGUACGCUUCCGUACCGUUCCCUCCCAUUCGGACGGCGAAGAGAGUUGUGCUGGUGAGGCACGGGCAGAGCACCUGGAACGCGGAGGGGAGGAUCCAGGGGAGUUCCAAUUUCUCGAUUUUGACUAAGAAAGGGGAGGCUCAGGCGGAGACUUCCCGCCAGAUGCUAAUCGAUGACUCCUUCGAUGUCUGCUUCUCCAGUCCCCUGAUUCGAUCCAAGAGAACAGCUGAAAUUAUUUGGGGGCCUCGCGAGGAGGCGAUGAUUACAGAUUCCGACUUAAGGGAAAUUGACCUUUACUCAUUUCAGGGUCUGUUGAAGCAUGAAGGGAAAGCAAAAUUUGGUGCAGCAUAUCGUCAAUGGCAGGUUGAUGCUGCGAAUUUCAACAUUGAUGGUCAUUAUCCAGUGAGAGAGUUGUGGGCGCGUGCCAGAAGCUGUUGGACUAAAAUUCUAACUCAUGACAGCAGGUCUGUUCUUGUGGUUGCACACAAUGCUGUUAAUCAAGCUCUUGUUGCAACAGCAAUUGGAUUGGGAACGGAGUACUUUAGGAUUUUACUUCAGAGCAAUUGUGGUGUGAGUGUACUUGAUUUCACCCCACGAUCUGAUGGUGGAUCUCCAUAUAUUUGCCUGAAUCGUCUAAACCAGACACCAAAUUCACCUGUUGCUUCUUCUGGAAGUUCUGGAGGCAGAAAGACCAGUAAGCGGAUCAUACUUGUCUGUCAAGGAUCCACACAGAAUGACCCAGAAGCCAAGUUCCCAAAUUCUGGGGAUCAACCCAUGAACAUGCUUGGGAUCAUUCAGUCCCAGAAAACUGCAGAGCUGCUUCUUGAUUUGAAAAUCAGCUCCAUUGUUAGCAGCCCAAAGAAUGCUAGUGUUGAGACAGCCACAAUCAUCUCCAAGCUGCAAGAAGCUGCCGAUUGCUUAGGGGCUGAUUGUGUGCCGCGGUAUGUGGAGAUGAAGGAAAUACAGGACCUCAAUGUUGAAGACAUCCUUUUGCAAUCCGCAAAGGGCACAACGGAGGUUUCAACAUUACAGCCUGGUUGGUUAAAGGAAUUGGAGGACGGAGUAGCAUCAACACUAUGGGAUCAGUCUGGGAGAGCCUGGCAGAAGCUAUUAACUGAACUAUCUGAUGGCUCUGAUCCAGAAAAGAUUGUUGUUGCCGUUGGCCAUCCUGUGUUGCACAUAGCUUUUAUGGGGCAAUGCCUAAAUCUAACAAAAGAUUGGAUGGGAUCAUUCAAUCUUGAUGCUGGGAGUAUCAGUGUCAUUGAUUUCCCCGAUGGACCUACUGGCAGAGGAGUCAUCAGGUGCAUAAAUUACACUGCUCAUCUAGGAAGAUGGUCAAUACCCAUUACAAGAACGACUGUGGAUGAUGAAGCUUUUUAACUGAAAAUGCAAAUACAUCUGAAACAAUCUAAAGAGAAAUUAGAAGAGAAAUGUAAAUGAUGAAAUUUGAGUUGUUGAUAUUGCAAGCAACAAUUUAAG